AUGCCUGAGGCAAUGAUUGAGACAACUCCCAUUCUCCGCAAUGGUGGCCGCGGCAGAGGCCGUGGCCGCGGCAACUCCAAUGGCCGCAACACCAGCGCCAACAGGAACAACAACCAGCGCGAAGAUGAUGGCUCCCCCAGCAGGAAACGAACUGCCUUUGAUCCAUCCGCGAUCAACCCUCAGACAUACCGAUCCGAUGCAACACAAAAGGAAUCACGAGUGGCCCCACUGCAAGCCGCCCUGAAUUUCCUACAUGGCACCACUGCGACGCUCCAUGAGGCAUACCACCGUACCGUCAACAAAGUAGGAGAGGAAUUUAUCAAAGCCUUUGCGGCACACCAGCGCAACAAGGACACUCUCGACGGUAUGAUUGAUGGCAACAACCAAACCGGGGAAUUGACCCCGUCCCGGAUUCCGAAAUCAGUCGAUAUCAAAUUCGAACUGAAGGCUGGCAACCCAGCAAUGGAGAGCGAUGCGAGCUUCCAAGCUCUCCAACAAGAAUCCACACAAGCUGUUGAACUCUACAAACAAACCCAAGCAAAAAUUCUCAUUCGAAAGAAACAACUGGACGUCCAAUAUGCUCAAAAGGCCGUAGCCGAGUCCCUGGCUAGAGGCCUUCUGCCCAUUGCCAAUGGCCACAAGGUCAUCUGCGGCAGAGAGAAUCUCAAUGGCCAUGCAAUCGUCAACACCAUCCUGGAGGCACACCACGAGGUGUUGCUCAAACACACUGGCAUUGACCUAGCAGCAUUUAGAACAAUAUACAUUAACGUCCAAGGUCUUGCAACCCUGCCUGAUCCAUUACCAGUAGUUGACACUCAGCAACAGCCUCAGCCACCUGUGGCACCUGCUCAGCCAACAACACAUGCGCCUGUCCAGCCAGCAGAACCCCCGGCUCCCCACCUGCAGGGGCCCUACUCCAUCGACCAAUUGACUGCUGUCUCUAGCCACAGCGACCUCGAGGCCACCCAGGAACACAUCCAGCGAUGCCUAGCACGAGGCGCUAGUGCCGAAUCCUUUGAGGACUACAAUGAAGCCAAAGAGAGAGCACAGUCUCAGCUGGAACAAGACCAUGACGCAGCAAUUACCUAUAAAUUGGCAAUGGAAACAUAUCAACAUGCACUAGCACAGUACCAAGCUCAAUGGAAUCAACACCAGCAGGAGCUCCAGCAAUACCAGCAGGCCCUCCAGCAACACCAGCAGGCACUGCAGCAGUUCCAGCAGCAGAUACAACAAUAUCAGCAACAAGCCCAGCAGCCCUCCAUCCCAGAGUUGGCCAAGCUGGAGAGACUCAUCACAAGUGUCUUCUGCACACCCAUUGACAGUACCAGCACCAAUCCUCAAACAAUGUCAAGUCCCUUGCUCUCAAGAAGCUACACAAAGAGGCUUCACAACCAAGGCCACAGAGACACUGCAAUGGAGAUUGACAGUGAACCUGCCUCUGACUCCCAACAGAUCAAGGAUCUGGUCAAGAAAAUGCCCAGGGAGGCGCCUCCAGCAACAAAAAGAAAUCUCCCAACCAACAACAGUCCGCCAGAGGCGGCAGAACCCAACGAGGAAGGUCCCAGUCCGCCCCAAGAGGCAACCGCCCAAGAAGCCAAAGCAGAGGCCGCCAAGGCGGCCGCGGCGGCAGGGCAGGACGAGGAAGGGGAGGAAGAGCCGGAGGAAGAGGCAACGCUACCUCCAGAGGCUCCACAAGAUCGACCAGAGGCCGCUCCAGAAGCUCCUCUCCCAGCAGGAGGCAGAACUCCAACACCAGGAGAAGCAGGUCCUCCAGGCGAUCGACAAGGAGAUAGAGCUCACAUAUGGCUUCGUCUCAGACCCCGACCUCCAUCUACACGACAAUGUACAAAUUAG